AAGGGGGAAACUAUUAGAAAAAAAUAGAAAUUAUUCGGGAAAAAAGGAGAAAGUAUAGGAAAAAAGGAGAAAGUGUUGGGGAAAAGGGAGAAAGUAUUGGAAAAAGCGAGAGACUGUUGGAAAAAAGGGCGAGCACCGUGUCCGAAGGCGUGGGUGCGUGCCAAGGGAGGAGGGCAGGGCCGGGGGGGGCGGAGGGCAGGGGACGGCCCCGCCGCAGCACCCGAAGGCGCCGCCGCUGCCGCCGCCACCCCGGGGUGCCCCCGGCCCAGCAUGGCCAUGCAGGGCAUGGAGCUGUGCGCCGUGGCCGUGGUCAUCCUCCUCUUCAUCGCCGUCCUCAAGCAGUUCGGCAUCCUGGAGCCCAUCUCCGCCGAAGACAGCAGUGACGGCGACCUGGAGCUCUCGGCCGUACGGCACCAACCCGAGGGGCUGGAGCAGCUGCAGGCGCAGACCAAGUUCACCAAAAAGGAGCUGCAGUCCCUCUACCGCGGCUUCAAGAGCGAGUGCCCCAGCGGCCGGGUGGACGAGGAGACCUUCACGCUCAUCUACGCGCAAUUCUUCCCGCAGGGCGGUGACGCCUACGCUCACUUCUUGUUCACCGCCUUCGACGCCGACGGCAGCGGGGCGCUCUGCUUCGAGGAUUUCGUCGGCGGCCUCUCCGUUUUGCUGCGGGGGACGGUGCAGGAGAAACUGAACUGGGCUUUCAACCUCUACGACAUUAAUAAGGACGGCUUCAUCACCAAGGAGGAGAUGCUGGAGAUCAUGAAGUCCAUCUACGACAUGAUGGGGCGCUGCACCCUGCCCGCCCUGAGGGACAGCGCACCCGCCGAGCACGUGGAGCUCUUCUUCCAGAAGAUGGACAGGAACGGGGACGGCGUGGUGACCUUCGAGGAGUUCCUGGAGACGUGCCAGCAGGACGAGGACAUCAUGAGCUCCAUGCAGAUCUUCGAGAACACCAUCUAGAGCCGCUGCCGUGGGGCGCAGGGGAGGAUCAGGUUUGACCCCUUCAAGACACAACGCGAGGCUCCUAACGAACUGCUCAAGGUGCAAGAAACACUCAAAAUAAGCAGGAAACGUUAAAAGUGAGAACGUUGCUGGCCUGUCCGCCUGAGCAGCCAGAGCCGCCCCCGUCAGCCACUUUUGGGGCAGAACUCCCCAAAGCAGGGUCUCCCUGCCCCAGGGGACGGCCAGGGGUGCAGAAGACCUCGUCACAGCAGCGGAACUGACACCUCGGGGAUUUACAGAAAAAAAAUAAAAGUGACUUUGGGGAGGGGGCGGCGGGGAGGGCCCCGGGGAGGGGAUGGGGGCGAAAACCCCAAAAUGUCCUGGUGAGGGCGGGAACCCUCUGCAACUCCACGCGGGCUGAGAUGGUUUCCUUUUUUGUUUGAUUUCUUUAAAUAAACCAAUGGGUGACCACUGAGGGACACCUCCACCACCACCAGGGGUGGCUCUCACAUUGAGGC